AUGGCAGAUGAGGAAUCCAGGAUACUGCAGCGCUUCAAAGACAAAGAAGCGGCCAGUAUCAAGUCUACGAAAUUCCCCAAACACUUUAGUGAAAAGGUGGACCUUCGGAAAGUCAACAUCGCUGUCCUGCGUCCAUGGAUAGCGGAAAAAGUCACCGAAUUGAUCAAGAUCGAAGACGAUAUUGUCGUUGAAUAUGCUUUCGGCAUGCUCGAGGACAGGGAGAACCCUACACCAGACCCCAAGAAGAUGCAAGUGUCGUUAAUCGGAUUUAUGGACAAGUUCGGUGCUGCCGCAUUUAUGGACCAGCUCUGGAAGCUCUUGUUGUCUGCCCAGAAGACUGUCGGCGGUGUUCCCGCUGAGUUCAUCGAAGCCAAAAAGGCCGAGCUCCAAAAACGCCAACAAGAAGAAUCUUCCCGCGGCCCACCUGCCCGACCCCAAGCUGCCGACUAUUUCGACGGACCUCCUGCUUCUGGUGGUGGUGGGGAUAGGAGAUAUCCGGAUAGACGGGAUGUGCCUCCGCCGAGGUAUAGGGAUGAGUACCCUCGUGAUGGCGGGGGGGGUGGAUACCGAGGGGACCGAGGAGAUGGAGGUUGGGGCAGUGGACGAGGCGGAGGUUGUGGGAGGGGAGGGUACGGCGGUAGAGGCGGCAGAGACGAUGGCUACGGCCGACGGGGAGGUGGCGGAAGAGAAUUCGAAAACCGACCUCGCGAUAAUGGCUACGGCAACAGAGGUGCCCCAGGUCCAGGUCCUCGGGACAGAUCUCGCUCUCCUGCUCGCAACACAGGCUACGACAAACCCCCUCCUCGCGACUUUGACCGCCGCCCUCCUCCUCAUCGCCGAUCCCCUUCGCCUCACCGCCGUCGACGACCCACACCUCCUUCGAGGCCUUCCCCUCCCAGAAGAGGGAGGGACAGCGCUACCCCGCCUCUUCGGGGUGGUGCGGAAAGAGGAAGGUCGAGGUCGAUUACCCCUCUGAGCAAGGGCCGUUCCCCCAGCCCACCUCCCAGGAGGAGACGCUCCCUAUCAGCUUCUCGUUCUCGCUCUCGAUCCCCUCCCAGGCGAAGACGACCUUCGUACACUCCCUCGCCCUCUCGUUCUCGCUCUCCUCCUCGAAGACGCGCCCCGCCCCCAAAGAGACGUUCCCCUUCUGUGUCCCGAUCCAGGUCUGGGUCUAGGACGAGGUCGCACAGCCCGCCUCCCAAGAGGAGGAGGGACUACACCCCUACGCCUAGUCGAUCGCCUUCCCCUCGACCGAGGAGACGUUCUCCCAGUCCCAGAAGGCCUAGAGAUAGGAGUCUUUCUCGAAGUAGGACUAGGAGCAGGAGCAGGUCGAGGACGCCAGAGAGGAGGGGUAGUAAGGGAAUGAGUAUCAAGGGGAAGGGGCGACAAGAGUAG